AUGGCUCCUUCAAACAACCCGACCGGGUUCGACAUGAAGACCUUCACGGACGCUGCAACCAGUAGGGAAUGGCGAGCAAGAGAUCCCUGGGCUAGGAAUGAGGCCUGGCGCUACACAGGCCCCUUCACGCGGUGGAAUCGAUUCAAGCGAGCAUUCCCUGGACUUGGGAUUGCUACGGCAGCGUUUACAGGCUAUGUUAUUGUGGAGGCAUUGUUCUUCAAGGACUCACACGCUCACGGCGACGGCCACGGGGAGAAGCACCACUGA